AUGCCGUCAUCAACAGCAUCUUCGGUCUCACCGACCAAGCUCGGUGGGCUCUCGUCUUCGCAGCGCUCCAACAAUGGUGGAUCCGUGUCGCCUACCAAGCCGUCCUCGACCAACGCAUCACGCGCUGGUACCCCGUCAGCCCCAGCAAAAGCGACAAGCACCGCAACGCCCAUCCGCCACAUCCCACCAGGUUGCCAGCAUCUGAGCUCGCUUCUCCACCUCGGCGCCUCGCCUUCAUCGUCGAAAAGCUCCUCCCCCACCAAGAUCAAAUCCGAACAUGGCGAUGAAGCAAGAAGCGACAGCUUUGACACGCUUCCGGAAGCCACGCGCUCUUAUUUGAAGCGCUACAUCGCGGGCCUCCGAUGGGGAGCUCAGAUCAGGACGGGUCACGUCAAGAUGAUGGACGACGAGGAGAAAGAAGCAGAGUUGGCAAAGUGGAACGAGCAGGCGGCCAAGGCGAACAAGAUGGGCAGACCCACCAAGAAGCGCAGAAAGCUCGACUAUCCACAAUGCAAAACGUGCCAGGCCGACAUGCUGCGUCCGUUCAUCUGCCUCGAUUGCGCUUUCACCGGCUGCUUCUCGCCACCCGUGGACGACGAUCCGACGGCGGUGACCCGUACCGCAUCCGAUAGCCAUAUGAUCCAGCAUCUUCGUUCCCAGAAGCAUACGUUGGCAUUCGAUCUGCUGUACGGACAAGUCUACUGCGCCGACUGCAAAGACUUUGUCCACGACCCGCUGCUCGAAUCCAUCCAACGACACGAGACGUGCCGCGUCAGCCAGAACGUCAUCGGACAGCAAUUCGGACCAUCAAAGUCGACGGUGGAAUCGCUCUUCCCUCCAUCGGCAUCGGAUGUAGCAGCGGUCAUGGCCAAGUUCUACACGACCGAUCCUUCCAGCGUCGCGUGUCGUGUGCCUAGAGGGUUGAGGAAUAUGGGUGCGACGUGCUACAUGAACGUCAUCAUCCAGGCGUUCCUGCACAACCCCCUGUUGCGCAACUACUUCUUAUCGGACCGACACAAUCCGUCGCUCUGCAAUGGAGCCAGGAGCUGCCUGGCUUGCGAGAUGGACAAGAUCUUUGCAGAAUUCUACUCGUCUGAUCCUGGCGCGAUGGUGGCUGGCGCUGGAACGAAUGGGUCUGGUGCCUCGUCCGCGGGUGCAGCGGCGGCCACAGCUCCGGGUGCGAUUGUCGGUAUCGGCAGCGAGAACGGAGCCAGCGGAUCUCAGGCAAAGGGACCACAUGGACCAACGUCGUUCCUGUAUUGCGUCUGGGUGGACCAAGCGAGCAGCGAGCUCGGUCAGGCCGGUCAGCACGACGCCCACGAACUCUUUAUCUCGACACUCAACUCGAUCCACACGGCGCUCACGAGUCGAGCGCUGGAACGAUCGUCACUCCCGUCGUUUGCGUACGAUCAUGCGGACGCGCUUAAUCUGAUGUGGGACCACUACGAGGGGGGCGGUGGAUCUGGUAGCCAGUCGGAAGAUGAAGGCAUGGGUGGCAAUGCGGGCACGCCGAUGGGGUUGGGUGCCGGUGUGAAUGGAGGAGUGGCGGGUUGUCCGUGCGUGGUGCAUAGGACGUUUGCGGGACAGCUUCAGUCGGACGUCACCUGUCAACGAUGCGGCAAGGUCAACACGACUCGCGAUCCGAUGCUGGAUCUCAGUCUGGACGUUCGACCCGAAUCGAUGCGUCGCAAAGAUGCCAACAGCCUUGCCGGUAGCAGCAACAACAACAAGCCCAAGUGGAACAACGGCAAGCCGACAGCCGUCAACGGGAACGGAACGGUGGAUGGGGAAGAGGAGCAGCAUCUGACGAUCUGCUUGCAACGAUACUGUUCGGAGGAGAAGCUGGGCAACAACGACUACGCUUGUACGUCGUGCGGUGGAAGUGCAUCGGCGACCAAGCAGCUGAGUUUGUACAGGUUGCCGCCCGUGCUGUGCAUUCAGCUCAAGCGGUUCGAACACACUUCGUCGGCCGCCAAGAUCGACACCAAGGUGCGUUUCCCAAUGGUGCUGGACGUAAGGCAGUUUUCCACUGCGGAGAUUCGCGCUUCGACGGACGAUGCGAAGAACGCAGCUGGUUCGGCGACUACCUCUAGCAAGAAUAGUGGGUUGGUUGCCAACCCCGACCCUGAGUAA